AUGACGGAUUAUACGGAUUCCUUGAUCAAGAAUAUCGCUGUUCAUGCCAGUCCCAAAUUAUCGACCAGCUUAAGCGAAAAUCUCGGCAAACUUGGCGAAACCCUACGUUAUGCACGUUCGUCACUUUCACUCGCGUCUUUUAGACAAGCCCUGACAGACAUCAAAACGAAGCCGGAGACGCCAGUAGCCGCCCCUCCUGCCCCUGUAGUGCACCAUGUCGCCGGUCGACUUACCCUUACCAUUGUCGAAGCACGUAAUUUAUCCAUUGUCGACCCAACCAAAGCAGACAUCUAUUGUGUCUUAUCCUACAAGGAUCAUGCUAUGUGUACCCUUGAUCAACACCCCGCGAAAAUUUUGGAAAAGAGUCCCACUUCACCACCUAGUCCCUAUGAUAUGUUUGAACUCGCCAUGAAAGCCAGUUGUCCAAAGUGGCUUUAUACCGACCAUUUUGAUGUCCAGGACAACGAAGGCGUACUUUGUAUUUCUGUGUACGAUCGUGGUAAUCCUUUGCCCAAUGGCAACCCUCGUCCCUUGAGCAUGGCGUCGCUCAAGCCUCAGUUGCCGAACAAAAAGACUGUGGAAUUAAUGUUCCGACUCCAGCCGCAUCCCGAUGCAAAAGAUAACCAAGAUCAAGUUACCGGCGAAAUCCGUGCGCAAAAGUUGACACCUGACUCCUUCGAAAUUGUACGACUGAUCGGUCGUGGCUCCUUUGGCAAAGUGUAUCAAGUCAUCAAGAAGGAUUCCAACCGCAUCUAUGCCAUGAAGGUGCUUUCGAAGCGUGCCUUGAUUGCCCAAAACGAGGUCACUCACACUCUGUCCGAACGCAAUGUGUUGAUUCAAACGUUUUCAAGUCCUUUUAUUGUAUCGCUCAAGUACAGUUUCCAGACCGCCGAUGACUUGUUUUUGGUCAUGGAUUAUCUGCCUGGGGGCGAACUGUUCGAAUAUUUGCAACGUGAACGACGCUUGACCGAAGAACAUACGCGGUUCUAUGCCGCGGAAAUCGUGUGCGCGCUCGAAGAAAUUCAUGCCCACCACGUUGUCUAUCGUGAUCUGAAACCCGAAAACAUUCUAAUGGACGGUCAAGGUCAUCUCGCUCUGACCGAUUUUGGUCUGUGCAAGGAAUUGCACAACACGGAUCACACCCGCACCUUUUGUGGCACCUCUGAGUACCUGGCUCCCGAAAUGGUAUUACAGCAACCUUACGGACAAGCCGUCGAUUGGUGGAGUCUUGGUAUCUUGCUGUAUGAAAUGUUGACCGGAUUGCCACCGUUCCAUUCCAGCAACUUGGAAACCUUGUACCGUCGUAUUUGCAAAGCGUCCGUCAAAUUUCCGUCCUUCCUAUCCUCUGAGGCCGUGGAUAUCAUUCGCCGCUUAUUGGACCGCGAUCCUCGUCAACGUCUAGGUGCCCAUGAUGUCAAGCAGGUCAAGCAACAUCCUUUCUUCAAGGGUAUUCGUUGGGAUCUUAUUUCCAAAAAGAAGGUUCAGCCACCCCACCGUCCCAGUGCCCGGCAAAAGAACCGUGACACCAAAGGUGUAUUUUCAGAUGAUGAUUCCGAUGCGUCGGACAUUUCGCUGCCCAGCAAAGCCAUCAAUAUUCCCUCUGCUUCCCAGAAAUACCAACGCAACGCAUUAAGCACGUCCAUCCAAUCCGCCUUCAAAGGCUUCAGCUAUGUACGUGACGAUCCCGCCCACUACGAUCCCGAUACGAUAGCGAGUCUCAUGGAAGACGAUGAUGAAGACGACGAAAUUGACGUUUGGUUCAAGUAA